AUGGUGGUGAAGGUUUAUGGACCGGAAUAUGCUUCAAGUAAGCGUGUAAUUGUUUGCCUGGUCGAGAAAGAGAUUGAAUUUGAGGUGGUUGAUAUCGAUCUCUUCAAAGGAGAGAACAAAAGCCCUGAUUAUCUCAAGUUGCAGCCUUUCGGGCUUCUUCCUGCCAUCCAAGAUGGAGACUACACUUUAUAUGAAUCCAGGGCUAUAAUCCGUUACUAUGUAGAAAAGUACAAAUCUCAAGGAACUGAACUGUUUGGAAAGACAAUGGAGGAGAAGGGCAAAGUAGAACAAUGGUUAGAAGUGGAAGCACACAAUUUUCACCCUCCACUUUACACCUUAGUGCUUCAUACAGUUUUCAGCUCCAAACUGGGAAUCACACCAGAUCAGAAAGUCAUUCAAGAAAACGAGGCGAAACUGGGGAAAGUUUUGGAUAUCUACGAGGAAAGGUUGUCGACCAGCAAAUACUUGGCUGGGGAUUUCUUCAGCCUGGCUGAUCUUAGCCACCUUCCAUUUGGUCAUUACCUGUUGAAUGGUGCUGGGAAAGGGUACAUGAUUAGGGACAGGAAACAUGUGAGUGCAUGGUGGGAUGUUAUCAGCAACAGGCCAUCUUGGAAGAAAGUUCUCCAACUCUUUCCUUAUCCAACUUGA